AUGCGAAUACGAAUCCUUAAAGAGUACGGUGGCACUUAUCUUGACAGUGACGUCAUUGCGUUACGCUCUCUUGCCCCUCUUCGGCGCUAUAACCACACACAGGGAGUAGGAGUGAUGAGUUCUGGUCUCUCAAAUGGUGUAAUUAUCGCAAAGAAAUCAUCUAAAUUUCUCGAUAUUUGGUUGGAGGAAUACAAAAUGUAUGGAAAGGAGAAAGUGAAAAGUAGUUUUUGGAGUUACUAUUCCAUAAGAAGGCCCAGACAAUUACUUAAAAGACAACCAGAGUUAGUCAGAAUAGAGAAAGACACUUUAGUGAGGCCUCUUGAGGGAAUGUAUACGAACAUGGAGACGAGACAAAAUGUUUGGAAAUAUAGUUAUAGUAUGCAUGUCUGGAAACGCAAGACUUUUAUACCAGAGAGACCAGAUCAAAUAAAAUUGAUCUCAAACCAAUCGCUGUUAAGAGAUGUAAUGGAAUACGUUGUAUUCAAUAAGAUACCAUUCUAUGCGAAGAAUGAUAGAAAAGCUAAGGGAAAUAGUCAAAGCCGUAAAGCUAGGCCCAGGGCAUCAAGACAAUAAAUGUUCACCAAUACCAUAUUGCAAUAUCAGCAUUUUUAUCGGACCUCAAUUUUAAUGUAAAGUCCUGGCUGAUAGAGUCCGACGGAUGCAUCAAAUUAUUUCCUUGUUGGGUUUCAGAAAUCAGAUGAACUGGUCAUUCACCAGAUUACACGUGUUGGUAUUUGUCGUGUUUAAAGCCGCAUAUAGCAAAUGAUCUUUG